UAUAUAUCUCGAGGUCUAUAUAAACGGAGAGAGAUAAGUGGCAUUGAAGAGGAGCAUGGAUGGCUUAACAGCGCUGCCGGACAACUGUAUACACACCAUUUUGUCGAAGACAUCGCCCCGGAUGCGUGUAAAUGUUCGGCGAUCUCAAAGCCGAUGAAGCAGGCGGCGGACUCCGAUGACCCCUGGAGCGUAUUCUUGCCGCCUGAUUACCGGCAGAUUAUUUGGGGAUUUGCAACGCCGAUUGUUUACUCAAGCUUGAAGCAACUUUACCUUCGCCUAUCGGACUCCCCUGUACUCCUUGAUGGGGAAAAUAUGAGCUUUGUUCUGGAGAAAGAGAGUGGGAAGAAAUGCUACAUGCUUGGAGCACGGAGUCUCAGAAUUGUAUGGGGAGAUCAUCCUGAAUACUGGGAAUGGAUGUCCUUACCUCGUUCAAGAUUCCCAGAGGUGGCAAGGCUUCGGAGAGUUUGUUGGCUUGAAAUCACAGGCAGAGUGAAGACUCAGUUACUGUCACCCAAGACUACUUAUGCAGCAUACCUAGUAUACGACCUUGGAAGAAGGAACUAUGGGCUCGAAUCCUUGCCAAUUAAGGGAUUGGUUAGAUUUGUUGGGGUAAGUGGGAAUGAUGGGGCUGAAACUGAGCCCAACACAGUCUAUUUGAAGAUCAGUUCGGCCAAACCGGCACAAAUGCCAGAGAAUGGAUUUUUGCCUCAGAAGAGAAAAGAUGGAUGGUUAGAGAUCGAAAUGGGGGAAAUUUUCAAUGACCAAGAUAAUGAGCGUGAGGUUGAGAUAAAAUUUUGGAGGUGGGACGAUCCACACUGCAAAUCUGGACUCAUCGUGGAGGGGUUUGAGCUGCGACCCAAAGUGGAUCCACAAAUAAAUUAG